AGCGAUAAUUCCCGCGCAAGCCGAUGCCCCGCCCCCCGAGGCGCGUGGCCCUUCAGGGUGCAACGCGUGAAACCAGUUGGGCCGUAUCAAUCGCACCAAAGUUAACCGACAGCCCACAACACGCAAAAACACCACUUUAUCUCGCUAUCGUCGCAUCAAGCCAAUUUACAAGACGCUAUCAGUCCAACUAUAUACAGCCGACAGUGGUGCAUAUAUCGGAGUUCAUAAAGACAUAUAAAAAAAUAUAUAUAACCUUCUGAACUCCCCGACGUGGUUCGUGUGAAUAUAUAUGCCUCUAAAAACUUUGUAGUGAUAAUAAAACUGAGUGAUGUCGUCACCAAAGCCAACCGCGGUGCUUGCCGGCAAUCAGGAGCAUAUCAAGAGGCCGAUGAACGCGUUUAUGGUGUGGUCCAGAGGUCAGAGGAGGAAGAUGGCACAGGAAAAUCCGAAGAUGCACAAUUCGGAGAUUUCGAAACGUUUGGGUGCCGAAUGGAAACUGUUGAGCGAGAGUGAAAAGAGGCCGUUCAUCGAUGAGGCUAAACGAUUAAGAGCACUUCACAUGAAAGAACAUCCCGACUACAAAUACCGACCACGACGCAAGCCCAAACCCCUCAUUAAGAAAGAACCUAAAUUUGGAUUCGCCAUGUCACCGCUCAUAUCUCCUUCCAUGGACAAUGCAAGUCUUCAAAGAUCAUUGAUGCCACCGAUCUCAACAUCCUCCGGUCUUUCUUCGUUACUUAAUCCCGAUCCAGACCAUCUAAAAUUAUCCAGAUCAUUGUUCCCUCCACUACCUUAUCUCUAUCAUCCGUUUCGGCAUCCAGAAGAGUCCAAGUUUGCAGCAGAACUAGCUUUAUUGUAUAGCAACAAUCCCCUGUAUCCGCCGAAUUUCAACUGGCCGAUAAAUAACAUUUCCAGUCAAAACGUUAAUAGUAGCAAUCCGUGCAAUAUGUGUCCUCCCACCUUUUCCAGGAGAUCGCCCAGUCCAGAAUCGAUCAAGAGGCCAGUGUGCGUCAUUAUGAAAAAUGACGAAUUUCGAUCUGAACCCAUGCCAGCCCACGUUAUUUGAAAACCGCUUCCGGUUCAGCCGGAAAGGCUGAACCACCUGGGCAGUUGGUUUAGCGACAUCGCUAAUCUGGCAAGUAGUUCUAGCGCUAUAGCUGCUAGCACGUCGGUGGGCCUAAUGGGGUACAGGGAUGGGACGGAAUCUGGUAGAGAAAGCACUAGUCCAUGUGGAAAAUAAGUGGUUUAGAUUGGAUGAAAAUGCGACGGUUAUGUGAAAAAUGUACUGUGAUUAUUGUUGUUUUGUUGUUUUAAAUUUGUGAUUCUGAAUAAAACACGAAGUUUA